UCACCUGUGCUCUGCUGUGAUCAGCUGUUUAUAUCUCCAAUUAGAAAAUUUUGUUUGUUUGCUUUAAUAACAAAUAAUAAUAUAAAUAUACCUCUUCUUUAUUAAACAACAACAAAAUGGUACUACAAUGUAGGACAUGUGCUAAAGUUAUUUAUAAUAACAAUCCAACAAAUAUCUUCGCAAGUGAAAACUUUCAAGUGCUGUCCAACAUUCAAAUGAUAGCAGGAACUGCGGCAAAAGAAAUUCCUGGUCUACCAAUGCACAUAUGCGCUUGUUGUCUCGUUGACGUGAAGCGUGCAAUUUUCCAUACAAAAACAUUUCGAGAACGUUGCAACAGGACACAAGAACAACUCCAGAGCUUGUUGAGCGAACAUCAAUCAGAUGAUGAUGAUGAUGGUCAAGAACACAUGAAGGAAGAAAUAAACAGUGUUUUCGAGAAAAUCUUUCCCAAACCUAACGAGUACAUUGCAGAGAAUUUGGUGGAAUUGGAAAUAGCUAGUACAAAUGAUGAUGGUGAGGAUGAUAGCGACAUGGAUCCAGACUUCUUGACUGCCAUCGUAAAGAACGAAGUAAAAAGCAGAGAUACGUAUAGUAGUGAAUGUCAAGAUUCAGAGGAAGAAAUCAUUUCAGAUCUAGACAAUGAUUUCAGCCCCAAUGCUAUAGAAAUUGAUGAACAGACGAUAACAGAGAACUCGCAGAUAUCUUCAAGCAAUCAAGAAAACAAGAAUCACAGAGAAGAUUGCAUAAAGAAUACACCCAAAGUCAAGCGCUAUAGAAGCUGGAAAAAUCUGACAGAGGAGCAAAUCGUUGAACGCAAGCGACAACAACGACGUCGCGAUUGCAUUUGUGAUCAAUGCGGCAAACAUUUCACAGAUCAGAGCAAUUUUAAGCUGCACAUGAUCCGGCACUCGGGCAUCAAGAACUUUGAGUGCCAACGAUGCUCAAAACGUUUCUACACAGAUCAUUUGCUGCAGCUCCACGAACGAAUCGUGCAUCAGGGCGAACGACCUUAUGGCUGUAAAUACUGCAAUAAAACGUUUCACAACAGCACCUCGCGUGCCGUUCACGAACGCCAUCACACCAAUUUGCGUCCUUUUUCCUGCGACUAUUGUGAGAAAGAGUUCAUCUCUGCAUCGGAUCUUAAACGUCAUAUUUUAAUACAUAACGGAAUCCGAGCAUUUUUCUGCGAGAUAUGUAACAAGAACUUUCAACGAAGUACACAUUUGAAGGCUCACUUAAAAUCAAAACUACACGCUUUGAAAGCCAACGGAGAUACAUUAAAGGAAUCUAAUUAAUCUGUCGAAUCGAGUCCAAUUAACAACCAUUUUAAGAAACUUAGCUCUAUUAUAAGUAGUCUAAUCAUAAUUAAAUAUUGAACUAUUUUGUGUUAGACUAUU